GAUAAUGCGUUUGAAUUACCUGAGUUGGCUGCAAUAAGCUAUGAAGUGUGACCAAAGUCGGCUUUUGAUGAACGUUUCGCUGGUAGUUUUCCUAAUUUUUCAACUAUUCACCGAAUCGUUACUGGACUCUUCCCCACCGGAAGAAGAGGAAACACUCAUCGAAGAUUUCUUCAUCUGCCGUUCCUGUGGCCAUGACAUCAGUUUAUCAAAUUUCCUAAUCGACAAGCACAGCCCAUUGGCUCUCAGCUUCAGCAACCAUACGCUUGCAAUCGGCAAACCGGUAACGGUUCAGGAAGUGCAAAAUUCCUUAGGAAUACGCUUCAAGAUCGUCGUAGUACGGCAGGGAUACUGCGCCAAAGUAGUGUCGUGGAAUACGGUGCAUACUUGGUUCCCGGGGUACGCGUGGAAGCUGUGCGUGUGUCCGGAGUGUCGUACUCAUCUUGGGUGGAUGUUUGAGCCCAUUGAGACUGCCACCUUCUAUCGGUACUUUCCCUCGGAAAAGGGUUUUUAUGCGUUGAUUUACAACAAUAUCAUUUCGGAAGGAUAUGUUAAUUCGCUGCUUAUGCGUGAGAAAGCACUGAGAGAAAAUUAAAUUACAAGAACCCCGACAAAAAUCUUAGAACGAUGGUGGACCCCAAGCGACAUAUUUAUAUCCUAUCGGAGGAAGAUCAAAUAUUUUUGAACGAGUGUGAAGAGGAGUUCGGCAAUCGGUUCAGCGAAUCGGAUAGUGAAUUUCAAAAAAUCUGCCAACAGCCUAGUAGAGCCCCGCCGUUGGUCGAAGAUUGGAAUGCGUUUAGAGGGCACGAUGGUGGCCGAGGCGGAGGAGGUCGUGGAGGUGGUGGUCGAGGCGGCCGGGGAUAUUACGGAGGAAGAGGUCGUGGUGGUGGUGGAAGAUACCACGAUCAAGGUGGAGGUGGUAGAAGGUACGAUAAUGUUCGCGAAAAUUCAGAGCACAGACGAAAUAAUCGACCGUACCAUCGUCAUGAACCAUACAGGAACAGUCAAAAUAAUCGCUUCAACUCGGAUCGACGCGACCAAUAAGUUAAAUUUGUUUUCCCGUACCAAUGAAGGUGUUUUGUGUGAAUGCUACAAAGCACGAUUUUAAACUGUUUGUGGACAAUAUGCCAGCACUAAGUAGGUUGAAAUCCUAACGCCAAUUGUGUACAUAAAAAUGAAAAUUGUAA